UUAUGUCACCACACUAAUUAAAUGCCAUCUGGGUGGUUCCUCUGGCUUUUUGAAUCCAUCACCCAGUUCACAUUGAGGCAGAGGCCAAGGAGCAGAACAUGAUGAUGGACCUUUUUGAAUCUGGCUCCUAUUUCUUCUACUUGGACGGGGAAAAUGUUACUCUGCAGCCUUUAGAAGUGGCAGAGGGCUCUCCUUUGUAUCCAGGGAGUGAUGGGACCCUGUCCCCCUGCCAGGACCAAAUACCCCCGGAAGCCGGGAGUGACAGCAGUGGGGAGGAACACGUACUGGCGCCCCCCGGCCUGCAGCCUCCCCACUGCCCCGGCCAAUGUCUCAUCUGGGCUUGUAAGACCUGCAAGAGAAAAUCUGCCCCCACGGAUCGGCGGAAAGCUGCCACCCUGAGGGAGAGGAGGAGGCUUAAGAAAAUCAACGAGGCCUUCGAGGCCCUAAAGCGGAGGACUGUGGCCAACCCCAACCAGAGGCUGCCCAAGGUGGAGAUUCUACGGAGUGCCAUCAGCUACAUUGAGCGGCUGCAGGACCUGCUCCACAGACUGGACCAGCAGGAGAAAAUGCAGGAGCUGGGGGUGGACCCCUUCAACUACAGACCCAAGCAAGAAACUCUUGAGGGCGCGGAUUUCCUGCGCACCUGCAGCUCCCAGUGGCCAAGCGUUUCGGAUCAUUCCAGGGGGCUCCUGAUAACUGCUAAGGAAGGAGGAGCAAGCGUAGACUCGUCUGCCUCGAGUAGCCUCCGGUGUCUUUCCUCCAUCGUGGACAGCAUUUCCUCUGAGGAGCGCAAACUCCCCUGCGCCGAGGAAGUGGUGGAGAAGUAACGGCGGCGCGCUCGGGCACGGCCGGA